GAUUACACUGUUUAUUUUACUAGAUAAUAAUUAUUUUCCUCCACAGCACUGUAAAAGACUCAUUGUAAGUUAUCACAAACACUUGAUGCUGAUAAGCAUCUUGUCAUGUUUCUAGUUCUGUUUUUUCAUUAUUAAGUUUUGAGUUUCCUGUUUUAUUCUGUUACGUGCCUUGGUGUCCUGUCUUGUGUUACUCCCCUCGUUUUCCUUUGACUGCUCCGCCCUCUUUAGUUUCACCUUUGUCUCAUCUUCCCCUACCCAUGCGUGUAUAUAUCACCCUGCCUUUCCCUUUGUUUUCUGUCGUAUUGUUUUUGUCCCUAUGCUUUUGUCUUCAUGCUUUUGUCUGUCCUUGCCAUGUUUUAAUUAUCUGUCAUCUCUGCAGCGCGUCUAGUUUUUCUUAUCUUCAUUUAAUACUUUUUGUUGAACUCCUGCCUCAUCUCCCGGUGUCCUGCAUCUGGGUCCGACCUCACAACCUACCAUACCUGACACAACCAGUUAUUAGGUUUAGGUUUUGUUUUCCCUUAAUAAUGAAAAUCUUCAUUUAAUAACUGCAAUUUGUGUUUACUUGUAUUAUCUUUGACUAAUAUUUAAAUGUGUUUGAUGAUCUGAAAUAUUCAGGUGUGACAAACAUGCAAAAGAAAACAAAAACAAAAAAGAAACUGGAACCAGAAACCACACCACUAUAUGAUUUACUUUUUUUGGACACAUCGACUUGGAAUAAGUCAGAAUUACAAACUAAACAGAUACACCAAUACAAACAUUUAAAGAGUAUUUUAGCAAUACUCCGACCUUCUAUUUUCCACACAGACUCACAGUGAAGCUGAAAACUAGUUUUUGAAGAAAUCAUUUUUUUUUUUUUUAUUCCAAUAGAUUUUUCCUGCUUAAAACUUACAUUUUUAGAAUAACAUUUACUAGAAUGAAUCAGCUGUUUGAUACACGUGAGGUUUUGUUGGGGAAUUUCCGGGGGUUUUGGGCCGCUGUAGUUUCUCUUUCAUUCUCUUUCAUUCUUCUCACUUGACGCUGUAUCUGCCAAUAAAACUCGACAUCCAACGUCAGCAUUAAUGUUUCCAAAACCAUUAAUGUGAAAGCUGAAGUUCACACACCAAAUAUUUCCUCAGUUGCUCAGAUCGUCGUGCAUCGCUCCAAAGAAGGUAAGAUGGAAAAACAGUUUUCACUUUGUCUCUACAAAACAAAGAUUUGUAGGUUGUAUGAAGUUUCUCAGCCUCAGUAACACACACACACACAUAUAUAUAUAUAUAUAGACAGAUAGAUAGAUAGAUAGAUAGAUAGAUAGAUAGAUAGAUAGAUAGAUAGAUAGAUAGAUAGAUAGAUAGAUAGAUAGAUAGAUAGAUAGAUAGAUAGAUAGAUAGACUCUGUAUUUAAUAUAUUCAAGCUGAUUACAGCGUCUUAAGUUUAGAGAGGAACUCCCACUACAGGUAUCCAGGUUGUCAGCUCCUCCUUGCUAAAACUAACAUGUCAUGACCACUGUGUUUAUAUUAUCCGACACACAUUAUGUGUGUUGAAUAUUAUCUAUUCAACACACAUAAAUCAAGCUUUACUUUCGCUUGGUCAGAGCUGAGUUUUUGUCGUCAGAGGAUGUUUGUGACAGAAUUCAUUCAGUCCAAAAACAACAUUCACCCUUUCUUAACUUGUUGUUAACAGUAAAGUCUUUGUUAUUCUUCUCCAUGUCGUAGGAGGAAAGAGCUGAAGAGUUCAACUAUAACCAACAUUACAUCAGACACCACUCAGAGUCUGAGAGAGCUGUUUUCUGCUUUAGCGGAGAUGAACGAAAAAACGGAAAUUCACUUAAUCUUGAGGACUAUAUCACUGGCACAUAAACUACAUUGGGAUACUAUCGGAAAGAAAACCUCAGAGGAAAGAGGAAAACUAAUAAAGCUUGCAGAGGAAAAUUGCAAGAAUGAGACUGUCCUGAAAUGGCUGAGAGAAAACUCAGAGUCUGUCUCCUUCAUCAAACUUGUGGACGUGUUUCACUUCCUGAAAAAACUCAUUGAUGAGGAAGAGAAGAAGGACCACGGUGACCAUGUUGACAUCACCUUCAUGUGUCAUGGAGCAAUUGAAGACUUCAUGAUCCCAGCCUGUUGUCUGCUGCCUCUGCCCACCAUCACAGACGUGGUCCUCUAUUCUCCCUGGAACUGUGUCACUUCUGGUUUAACAUACUUUGUUGCUACAGGAAGAAUGAGGCCUGAGCACAGAGUAUUUUAUUGCUGGACAGAAAAAUGUUGUAAAACUCCUGAUGAAGGACACCGACCUGUGAAACUGCCGAACCACUGGAACUCAAUGAAGAAGGCUGGAGGACAGAUGAUCCCAAACAUCACUGUCAGUCCUCUUCGACCAGAUGAUGGUGUGUGGAAAUAUUAUGAAUCUCUCACAGAGAAACAUGGUCGUCCAGGAAGAAACCGCAUCGUCAUCCCGUUCACCCUCUCAGUAGGGAGUGUCCCGUUCUCUGUGGUCACCUUGGCCCUGUCCCUGGUCCUCCUGUCCUCCAGGUUCAAAGCCACCGUUCACUUCACUUCUUGUCUCCGUGAUCACUCUACUGGACAGAAAUUUGACAGGAAGUAUCUACAGGAGCAGUAUGCCUGUGCCAUUGACAACACUUUAAUGAAAGUUAAAACAGAGUCUUCCUGGUGCACAUUAAUGUAAGAAUUUGUUUGGGUUGAAGUGUCCCAUGUGUUUGUGGCUCAGUGUAGAAAAUAGACUGGGAAAAAAGCACAAACAAUAAAUUUAAUGAAGGACUUAAAACGAGGUGACACUGUAGUUUAGCUUGUCAGCUAAGAUAAGCUAAUUAGCAGUUAAUAUAAAGUCCAGUUAAAGCUAAUGGGAAUGUGUUUGUCUUUACUUUGCAUUUGUAUGUAAACCAGAUAAUACAAUAUUCACCUGAUGAUGGUGAUGAAGACAGAUAUUAUGAUCCAUGUAAUGUCUAUGUCUAUAUCUACCUAUAUUUAAAUUCACUAUUGAGUCUCAGCUGACAUGGAUGAGGGGUUCUCAGUUUCUGAUUAAUGUUCUAUGAUAUGAUCUUAGCAGCUUCCAAAGAGUCCAGAUUAGAUUAUAUGUUUAGGACAUAUUUAUGGUUGUGAUCUUUAGGGAAUUAUUGUUUUAAAUCCUUUAAACUGCGGUGCAGUCUGUGUAUGUGAUUUGAAUCUGUCCACUGACUCUGAAAUGACCAUGUGCCUUGUUAUUCAAAGAUGAUUCAAAAUAUAAUACACUGUAUAGUUAAAUUGUUGAGAAAUAUUCUCCUGAAUGUCAUCACACGUUGUUCAGAUGUAUUUUUCUCAUGAAACUCUUUCAGUAAAAGCUGUCAUGUUUUUAAUCUUUUUUGUGUAAUGCAAUUUGGUUUUUCUCUGCUCGUCUUACCCAGGAUAAAGGGAGCUGGUUAAUGUGUGUAAAUGAGUAACAGAAGAGUGUUGCAGCACGGAUUUCACUUCAACAGUCUUAGAAGUACAGUGAAUGUUAUGCUCCAUGACUGGUACAUAACAUGUCAAUGUGAGUGGUUUCAUUUUUGCAAGCUAGAAUUGUUGCAACUCAUUUUCUUUCUAGAUGCAACAAACUUCAAGUA